CCCACCCCGGGCAUCUCCAGUGUGUGUCGUCGCUGCUCCUGGUCACGUCUGUGACGCAUCUGUGUGGCCCGCCUGGGGCCCGGAGCCCUGCUCCGUUGUGUUUGUGUUCGCUCGGUGUCCGACAAAAUCAGGUGAAACCCACGGCCGUGAGCUGGGCUGGACCGUGUUCUUCCUGUCACGAAGCAUGGCCGCCUGCCCCGUGCUGGGUCUCGCUGCUCUGCUCUGCCUCUCCGCGCCUCAGGCCGGCUCCGUGGUGCAGUAUCGGCGGCCGGUGCCCGUGGUGCUUCUGGAACCCCAAGGGAGGGACUGCUCUCACAUCUGGGUGCAGAGACCCCGCGCCCCGAGCGGUGUGUACACCGUCCAGCCAGAAGGAGCCAGCACCCCCUUCGAGGUUCUCUGCGACAUGCGCCCGGACGGUGGCUGGACAGUGAUUCAGAGCCGAGACCGGGGCCAGGGGACGCCUCUGGACUUCGAGAGGUGCUGGCAGGAGUACAAACAGGGCUUCGGAGACCUGAGAGGUGACCACUGGCUGGGGCUGGACCACAUCUCUAGCCUGACCUCCCAGCCAGGCCUGCGCUCCGAGCUGCGCGUGGAUCUCCUGGACGCGGACAACCGUACGCUGCAGGCCCACUACGAUGACUUCCGCGUGGGCAGGGAGGAACAGUUUUACCCGCUGACCCUCGGCCGGUACUCGGGGAAUGCAGGGGACGCAUUCCGGGGCUUGGGCCACACGGAUAACCAGGAGGGCUGUGGCUUCAGCACGCUGGACCGUGACCAUGACCGCUGCUCGCCUUGUGUGGACGGCGCCCAGACCUUCAGCAGCUGCAGCCACGAUCGCUCGGGCGCUGGAUGGUGGUACAGCGCCUGCGGCCGUGCUGACCUCAACGGGCUGUGGCCGGAGCAGGCCGGGGCCGCCUCGGGCAUGCGCUGGGCCUCUGGUGACCACCAGCCCGCCCUGCGCGCCAGCGUGCUGCGCGUGCACACCACUGCUUCCGGCAAGGUCUAGGCGUCCCGCCAGUCCGUGUCCGAGCCUCAUUAAAUGUUCAAGCCUGGC